AUGGCUCACACCAAUGCCGUUCUCAUAUGUGUAGCCCUGACAUUGCUCGCCAUUCUUUGUGCAGUUGGGGGACGUGUGAACCAGGAGCUGAGGUACACGCGGCAGAAGAUAGGCGAGGAGGCCAUGUUUAACCCUCAGCUGAUGAUCCAGACGCCGCGGGAGGAAGGAGCCAAUGUUCUAACGGUGGACGCCCUCCUGCAGCACCUGGAGUCAGCCAUUCGAGCCAGCAGAGUUCAUGUUUACCUUUACAACAGAGGUAAGGAUCCUCUACAGUGGACCAACUUUGACCCCAAGGAGUUCCUGGAGGACUUGCGACGGGCAAACAUCGCCGUGGAAAGCUUCGAGGACAUGUUGGAGAAGGCGGACGUCGGGCACGGCUACAUGGAUAGACCCUGUCUGAACCCUGCUGACCCCGACUGCCCCCUCACCGCACCCAAUAAGAACUCAACUAAGCCAUUCGACGUGGCGCGGGCCCUGAGCGGCGGCUGCCACGGCCUGUCCAGGAAGUACAUGCACUGGCAGGAGGAACUGAUCGUAGGAGGGACCACCAAGAACGGUAGUGGACCCUUGCUCAGUGCCCAGGCCUUGCAGACCAUGUUCCAGCUGAUGACUCCCAAGCAGAUGUUUGAGCACUUUCGGGGCUACAUAGAAGUUUCCCAGAUCAACUGGAACGUGGACAAGGCUGCGGCUAUACUGGAAGCCUGGCAGAGGAGAUAUUCCGAGGCAGUGCUGCAGAGCGUGGCAGCCAAUUCGUCUCAGAAGGUCUUGUCUUUCACCACCACCACCCUGGAGGAUAUUCUCAAGUCUUUUUCUGACGUCAGUGUUAUCCGUGUGGCCAGUGGAUACCUGCUGAUGCUGGCCUAUGCGUGUCUGACCAUGCUGCGGUGGGACUGUGCCAAGUCUCAGGGCGCUGUGGGGCUGGCCGGUGUCCUUCUGGUGACACUGUCUGUGGCAGCUGGUCUGGGCCUGUGCUCUCUCCUGGGUAUCUCCUUCAAUGCUGCCACCACGCAGGUUCUCCCUUUCUUGGCUCUGGGAGUUGGUGUAGAUGAUGUCUUCCUUCUCGCUCAUGCCUUCAGUGAGACUGGACAGAACAAGAGGAUCCCAUUUGAGGAUCGUACGGGGGAGUGCCUGAAGAGGACAGGGGCCAGCGUGGCCCUCACCUCCAUCAGUAACGUCACAGCAUUCUUCAUGGCAGCCCUCAUCCCCAUCCCGGCGCUCAGAGCCUUUUCUCUGCAGGAUUUCUCUCAGUGUCUGAGCAGCAGGCUGAGGAUAUGUGGGUGUCUGGUCGGUGUUAAGGCUGCUGUAGUCGUAGUGUUCAACUUCGCCAUGGUGCUGCUUAUCUUUCCUGCCAUCCUCAGCAUGGAUCUCUACCGACGGGAGGACAGACGUUUUGACAUUUUCUGCUGCUUCCACAGCCCAUGUGCCAACCGUGUGAUUCAGAUUGAACCUCAGGCUUACCUGGACGGGGCCAACGGGAGUCGCUACAGCCCCCCGCCGACGUAUCGCACCCCUCCUCCCUCCUACCACACCCCGCCUCCCCCGAGCUACAGCAGCCCACCCCCCACCUACAGCAGCCACAGCUUCGCCCAGCAGACCCAAAUCACCAUGCAGUCCACUGUGCAGCUCAGGACGGAGUACGACCCCCGGACCCAGGCCUUCUACACCACGGCCGAGCCCAGGUCUCAGAUCUCCGUGCAGCCCAUCAACCCGGCCCCCGCCAGGGGCAACCCCAACAACGACUAUUACAACAACAGCAGCAGCAGCCCCGGCACCGGCAGCAGUCACGGCAAUCUUAGCAACAACAAUGGCAACAGAAGCAACGGGGGAUCUCGAGGCCCCGCUGCCUUCUCCCAUCAUUACUCCGGCUCCCCCGCUGCCGCGCCCACCCCCGGCGCCUGUCCGGCCCCUCCGAAUGACGCCGCCUCGUCGACCGGUCAGACUUCGGAGAACAACAGCUCCACACGGGACCUGCUGUCCCAGAUGGGAGAGGCCUCACUGGGCCUGCGCUGCCUGGAACCCCCCUGUUCUCGCUGGACCCUGGCCUCUUUUGCCGAGAAGCACUACGCUCCGUUUCUCCUGCAGCCCACAACCAAGGUGGUGGUGAUUGUGCUAUUCCUCUGCCUGCUGGGGGUCAGCCUGUACGGCACCACCCAGGUGAGGGACGGCCUGGAGCUGACCGACAUCGUGCCCAGGGAGACCAGCGAGUACGACUUCAUCGGGGCCCAGUUCAAGUUCUUCUCCUUCUACAACAUGUACGUGGUGACGCAGCGUGGCGACUACGCCCAGAUGCAGCCCCUGCUGCACCAGCUCCACCAGAGGUUCCACACCGUCCGCUACGUGCUGAAGGAGGACAACGGUCAGCUGCCCCCCAUGUGGCUUCACUACUUCAGGGACUGGCUGCAAGGGCUCCAGCAGGCAUUUGACAAGGACUGGGAGGCUCGUCGCAUUACUCCAACCAGCUACAGAAAUGGCUCCGACGAUGGCGUCCUGGCUUAUAAACUUUUGGUGCAGACCGGACGUAGAGAAAAACCCAUAAAUUUUAACCAGACCCGUGUGAGUCUGUGGCGCCGGCCGGGCAUUAUGGGUACCCAUAGGGGUCAGAAGAACCAACUCACCCGUCAGAGGCUUGUGGAUGCGGAUGGGAUCAUCAAUCCUGGGGCGUUUUAUAUCUACCUAACUGCCUGGGUUAGCAAUGAUCCUGUAGCCUAUGCUGCCUCGCAGGCCAACAUCCGUCCACACCCUCCUGAGUGGUUCCAUGACCGCACCGACUCCAGGCCUGAGACACGCCUCAGCAUUCCUGCUGCAGAGCCCAUCGAAUAUGCACAGUUUCCCUUCUACCUCAACGGGCUCCGGGAGACGCCCCAGUUUGUGGAGGCCAUCGAGAGCGUGCGUGCCAUCUGCAGCAAUUACAGCCGGCAGGGCCUGCCCUCCUACCCCAACGGCUACCCUUUCCUGUUCUGGGAACAGUACGUUAGUCUGCGCCACUGGCUUCUGCUGUCCAUCAGUGUGGUGCUCGCCUGCACCUUCCUGGUCUGCGCCCUUUUCCUGCUCAACCCGUGGACCGCCGGCAUUAUAGUGUUGGUGCUUUCUCUCAUGACUGUGGAGCUGUUCGGCUUCAUGGGUCUGAUGGGGAUCAAGCUGAGUGCCGUCCCUGUUGUCAUUCUCAUUGCCUCUGUAGGCAUCGGAGUGGAGUUCACUGUCCAUGUGGCCCUGGCAUUCCUGACAGCCAUAGGGGACCGUCACAAGCGAGCGGUGCUGGCAUUGGAGCACAUGUUCGCCCCGGUGCUCGACGGAGCCUUUUCCACUUUGUUAGGUGUCCUAAUGCUCGCAGGAUCGGAGUUUGACUUCAUCGUCAGAGGGAAGAGGAGGGAAGAGAGGCCCCCCUCCCCCAUUCCCCCUAUGUAUUUCUUUGCAGUGUUAGCCAUUCUAACAGUUCUUGGAGUACUGAAUGGAUUGGUUCUCCUCCCAGUAUUAUUGUCCUACUUUGGACCCUAUCCAGAGGUAUCGCCGGCUGACGGCCGUAGUCGCUUACCUACCCCCUCGUCAGAGGCCCCCCCUCAGGUGGUUCACUUCUCAGUCCGUCCUCAGCCCACCGCCGGGGCCACCGCCGCCGCCUCCGGUGCAGCCUCAGACUCGUCAGACUCCGAGUACAGCUCCAACACCACGGCAUCCGGAGUCAGCCAGGAGGUGCAUAAUUACAACCUGCACUCGCAGAGAGGCCAACCUCGAGCAGAGGAGCAGCAGUACCACCUCCAGUCAGGCAGGGGCAGAGCAGCGAGGGCCGAGGAAGGAAGACGAGCAGGACCGGGACAUAGACGCUCGGCCAAACAGUCUGACCCCCCGGCCUACACCGUGUCCUCGUCUGUACCCUCUCAGGGUUGUGAUCCUGGGGUCCAGAAUGGGUCCACUCAGCGCAACAGCAGUCGGGACCCCAGGAGUCAGCAGCACUGGCAGGGCCCCCCCCCAGCCCGCCCGCGCACGGACGCUUUUGAAACUGCUACUGAGGCUGGGGGCGCUCAUGGCACCCACGGCCACAGAGAACACACGGCAGACCACAGAGGCCACCCGUCCCACAACCCGCCGCCCACUCAGCCACCCCUGCACCACCACCCCAACCCCGCCCCGUUCUGCCAGCCCAUAACCACGGUGACGGCGUCGGCCUCGGUCACCGUGGCCGUUCACCCGCCGCCCCCCCUGUCCAGCCAGAGCCCAGCCUCUUCCUACCCAGCAUACACUGCAGCAGACAGUUACCGGCCACAGCACCCAGAAGAAACGGAGCCCGCCUUCCAGGACCCACACGUGCCACUGUACAGCCACACGGGCUCCAGAAGGGUCAAGGUGGAGGCCAUGGAGCUCCAGGAUCUGGAGUUCACGGCAGCUGAGAGCAACAGUGGCAGGCGGGCCAGCUGAGGCCAGAAUUCUGAACGAAUCCGUAAAACAAAGCUGCCCGUUUCGGUUCAUCUUAAAAUACUAAAAGAUACACACCGGUUUUUUAUUUCAAGUCGUGGAGAACAGAAGCACAAUGGCCAAAGAUGGACUUCCCUGUACUAUGAAGCAGCUGACGCAGCUUGGCACAGCCCCCGCCCAUCGUAACCCGACGUCACUUCCUCUGAUCAGCGACAAACUUGCCAGUGCUGCCAUAAUGGUGCUUAUUGUUACUGUAACCUAGUGGACUAUUUCCUUAGAUAUUUCUAUAUAUAUUUAAAAGAUGUAUACAUAUGUAAAUAUGAACAAAAAGUAGGUAUAAUUUUAGGAGCUGUACAACUCCUCAUCGUAACAGACUGGGGCUGCCAUUCUAUAUGGUUUGUGUGUUUGUGUGCGUGUGUGUGUGUGUUUGAUAAAGUAAAUGAGUGCACAUGUAUGAGGGAAAUGCAUAUCUCAUUACUGUUCAUUGAUCUGUGGAUCUGUGCCAUUAGGAAGCUUCAUAUAGCCAAUUUACCUGUCAGCAUUUACUGUUGCUGCUUGAAAUAUUUUCAUUCUAGUAUACAUUUAUAAUUCUAUGCAAAUGUCUCUUUAAACGGAAGUUGUGUGCCUAGAAAUAUGCAUGUGUGUGCAUGUGAGGAUGGAAUGUGUAGGGCUGUGUAAUGAAUGUGAAUCAGUCCCAAUGUUUUCUGGCCUUUUCAUCAAAUACAUCCUCAGAACAGACUUAGCAUUUACACUCAUUUAAAACAUGAGGAAAAUUGUUAGAGCAAAGCUAUGUUAUAUAUGUGUGUAUGGUGGUGUGUACGUGUGUUUGCGAGAGUGUCUGCGAGAGUUUUAUUAUUGUAUAAAGGUACGCUUGUAUAACUAUUAAUUUUCUUUAUCACAAACCUGUGGUAGUUAUGAAACAGUUACUGUUUUAACUUGACACGCCAUGCGUGCUAUUUAAGAUGAACUGAUAUGAAGACAUUUUAAAAGCUGUUUUGUUUCUGUCGUAUUUUUUGUUUUUUUUUGUUUUAUUUGUUUGUUUGUUUUCUUUUUUGUGUUAUCACUUAGGAACCUGUUUCUGCACUCAGCUUUUUUUUUACCAUUGUCUGUUAGGCUGGUUGUAUAUUACUGUAAGAGGUUAUUUUAUGUCUCAUGAUAGGCUCGAAGCAGGAUCUGUCCUGCAUACUGACAUAUGAGCAGUAAACCCACCUCAGAAAUUCACUCUACCUUUACAGGGACCUUCACAUUACUGAUUUUUUCGAACAGGGUCAAAACAGGGUGCUAACUCUGUGCCUUAAGUGGCUGUGUCUUGUGGAUAAGCUAAAGCCCAGACUGUAUACUGUAUGACCCGAUUUAAACAUGGCACUUGACUGCAUUUCAUUCACAGGAAUAUCUCUCCGGAAGUAACUCUUUCUGUUUGUCCAAUAAGCUAGACCAUGCAUGUGGCUGUGGCCUAAGUCUGACAUGGCCAGACAUCGUGCUCUGUAUGUGUCAGAACGUGUGUGUUAGUGUAACCGUGUAUGCGUAAGUCCAUCUUUUUGGUCUUAAAGGCCCCGCGUUAGUGACAUCGAGGACAACUGGUGCUAGUUUGGCCACAGCUGUCCUCACUGACCUCAGCUCAUAAAAAUCCACGACAUAAUGCUGACACUAAUUGGACGUCUCCUCUCAGCUGCUAAAUUGCACAGGCCAGAGCCCCCGCGUGUGUGUGUGUGGGGGGGGUCAGUGUUUUUAUUCCGCCGGCCCUCCUCCCCACCAGCAGCGGCCAGUUUAUUGUCUUCAUGUGUCAGUGCCAGCAGGCAUACCUGUAAUCUCCACAGGCCCCUUUGGCCAGCCAACACACUCCCUCCUCACCACCGUUUUUACACUCUCACUUCCUGUUGAACUUGUAGCUCUUCCCAGAGGUCUUUGUAGUUUUCCUCUCCUCGUUAACCAAGUUACAUCAGCUGCUUGCAUGAAAUAGGUUAUUCUGUUUGUUUAAUUUAGAUUUCUCCGGUUGUCACAUUGGCAGUUGCGGGAAGAAUCCUAGCUGGCAACUAUUUUAUUCAUUUCUAAGUGUUUUUGUUUGUUUUUGUUCAGUUGUGAUAUUUAUAAUUUUGUAAUAUGAAAUAUGUGGGUUUUUUCUUUCAUUGUUGUGAUGCCAGUGGAUAACAAAUGCAGGGAUUUUUAUGUCUAUUGAAAAAAAAACACUAUUACAGUUUAAUGUUUUUUACAUUAAUGGUGUCUGAUCUGUAUAAAGUGCUUACUAAUGUUAAAUAGGAAAAAAAAGAGUAUAUAACAUUUUACACUACAGGUCUCAUCAUAGCUCUUAGAGGAUUUUAAAAGGAAAAAAAAACUUUUUUUUCUUCCAGACUGCCAUUUUGGUCUUGGUAGGUGUGGAUUUGUGCUGUUUUCAGUUACAAAGAUAAAUGUAUGCCAUAUAAUUUAUUUAUAUGAAAAUUUAUUUUUGUAGUGUACAUAGUAGUUGUCAAGGUAUUUGACAGAAGUAUAUUUCUAAAGAGUUUAUAUGUAAUGAUAUACCGUAACAGAAAAAAAGCCUUAAGGUGCACACUUUCAUUGCUAACUGUCUUGUGAGACAACAUUGACACCUCCUCUUCAGUAUUAUGUUCCAAUCCUUGGAGAGAGACAGCUGUUUUCUAUGGGUUUGUCAGAAGCUAGCCAUGAAAGUAGAACAUUGUACUAGCUCUCUAAAUAUUAAUGUUCAAACACUGAUAGAGUUCUAACAAAUAAAAAUAUAACUUAUUUGUCUCUUUGUUCAUAACUUUAAUAAAUUGAAACUUAAAAAGA